AUUACAGAGGAUGAGCCAAGAUGCUGCACAACUAGAUACAGAGUCAAAAAUAUAUGCUAUGAAUGCCCGCCAGGUUUUUACGCAGAUAACUGUACUACUACUUGCCCUUACCCACAUUAUGGUGUGUUGUGCAGUUCGUUGUGUAAUUGCAGUUUAUCCAAGUGCAGUCAUAUUCACGGAUGCAUUGCAUCUUCAAAUGAAAUUCUUACUAUUCAUUUUGGUUAUACAAGAUUUAAUAGCGAAGACUCGUUCACUUCACCGACGAUUGAGUUAUUUUCAUCAAAUACAGGUUUGUGUACAUAUACAUCAUCCAAGCAUAAAAAUUAUCAACGAUUUAAGGAAUUGAAUUGACGUAAAAGUUUGG